UUUGAUGGUCCUUCAGUCUUUCCUCUGUCAAGAGUUUGGGAGCUGUGAGUGCGAGUCUUUUGAGUGACAGACGAAAUUGAUCAGAAAGGGAGAGAGAAUCAAAAGGAGCCUUUCCACUUGAACAACAACCUUCAAACUUGCAUUGCAGAUUGGAAUCUGAGUAACACAAUUAUAGCUAGAUGGAGCAUUUCUCUAUCAAUUGUGACCAGAUGGAGCAUUUCUCUAUCGGUGGUGAAGAAGCAGAAGUGUCAAGAACAAUAAGGGAUGAAGCUCCAACUCACUUCCAACUUAGGAUUAAGUCAUUUUCCUUGCUCUCAAAUUCCUCACUUGAAAGAUACUACUCUGGCGAUUUCGAAGCUGGUGGAUACAAAUGGAAACUCUGUCUGUACCCAAAAGGAAACAAAGACAAAAAUGGGGAAGGGCACAUCUCUCUCUACUUGGAAAUGUCAGAGACAGAUUCACUCUCUCCAGGUUGGGAGGUCUAUGCCUUGUUCAGGUUGUUUGUGCUUGACCAACUUGAUGACAAGUACUUGACACUCCAAGAUGCCAAAGGAAGAGCAAGAAGAUUACGUGCAACAAAAACUCAAUGUGGGUUUGACAGAUUAAUUAACCUGACACAAUUCAAUGACCCUACCAAUGGAUACUUGGUCAAUGACACUUGUGUGUUUGGAGCUGAAGUAUUUGUCCACAGAGAGAGUGUUACAGGCAAAGGGGAGUGCUUGUUGAUGACAGCCGGACCUGUCACUUGUAACUAUACCUGGAAGAUAGAGAAAUUCUCUCAAUUGGUUCAGGAAUUCCAUUACUCUGAUAUUUUUAAUGCUGGUGGUCAUAAAUGGAGAGUGAUACUUUAUCCCAAAGGUAAUGGAGAAGAGAAAGGCAAAAGCCUUUCUUUGUACCUGGAGUUGAAUCAAGAAACAACACCAACCCUUCUUCCUGACCCAGGAGUGUAUGUUGAGGCACAAUUGCGAGUAGUUGAUCAGGUCAACUGCAACCACCAGGAAAACGAACUAGCUUCAAGAACGAUAAGGGAUGAACCUCCAACUCACUUCCAACUUAGGAUUAAGUCAUUUUCCUUGCUCUCAAAUUCCUCACUUGAUAGAUACUACUCUGGCUAUUUUGAAGCUGGUGGAUACAAAUGGAAACUCUGUCUGUACCCAAAAGGAAACAAGGAUAAAAAUGGGGAAGGGCACAUCUCUCUCUACUUGGAAAUGUCAGAGACAGAUUCCCUCUCUCCAGGUUGGGAGGUCUAUGCCUUGUUCAGGUUGUUUGUGCUUGACCAACUUAAUGACAAGUACUUGACACUCCAAGAUGCCAAAGGAAGAGCAAGAAGAUUCCGUGCAACAAAAACUCAAUCUGGGUUCGACAGAUUAAUUAACCUGACACAAUUCAAUGACCCUACCAAUGGAUACUUGGUCAAUGACACUUGUGUGUUUGGAGCUGAAGUAUUUGUCCAUAAAGAGAGUGUUACAGGCAAAGGGGAGUGCUUGUUGAUGACAGCCGGACCUGUCACUUGUAACUAUACCUGGAAGAUAGAGAAAUUCUCUCAAUUGGUUCAGGAAAUCCAUUGCUCUGAUAUUUUUACUGCUGGUAGUCAUAAAUGGAAAAUAAAGCUUUAUCCCAAUGGUCAUGUUGAAGGGAAAGGCAAAAACAUUUCUUUGUUCUUGGAGUUGAAUGAUUCAACAACUGUUCUUCCUGGCCAAGGAGUGUAUGUAGAGUAUAAAUUGCGAUUAGUGGACCAGGUCAAUGGCAAGCAUGUGGAAUAUAAAGGGGAGAAUUGGUUUAAUGACUCAACUAAGAAUUGGGGUCGGAGAGAAUUCCUCUCUCUUAGUAGUCUCAGAGAGGCAUCGAAGGGCUUCUUGGUGAAAGAUGUCUGCAUCAUUGAAGCACACCUUCUACUCAUUGGAGCAAUUGGGAAACUGGGCCCAUAAUCAGAAUGAGAAGAGAAGCUUUUGAUGAGAGCUCAGUAUCGUUCUAUAUCUUAACUAGGGUAUUUAGCUAGAUCUGGUAGAUGAUAUUACCGCAGCACUGAUG